ACUCAUCUACUUUACCAACUCACAAGCCCUUCUCUACAUCCUCUCUCCGCUUUCCAUCAGUUCAGUCCCAAUCCUCCAUCAUGCAGAUCAAGAACGUUCUCUUCGCUGCCUCUCUUGCAGCCUCUGCCUCUGCUCUCCCCAGCACCAAGUCCGACACUUUCGGCAUCGUCGCCAUCCACUCCGGCUCCGGUGUGCAAUAUUCUAGCUUCAAUGCUGCCAAGAGCAGCAUCUUCGCCGGCCUCAAGUCCCAAAAUGCCAGCUGUGCGCGUCCCAAAGAACAGGACGCCACGUUCUAUUUGAAUAAUGGAGCGCUUUUUCUGUAUGACCAGUCCGCCACUCCCCAAGAGGUCUAUGUUGACCGCUCCGGAAUGGGCCAGGGUAAGAUUGGAUACACCACUGGUGCUCAGCCCGCACCCAAGAACGCCGAGCGUCAGGGCUGGGCAACCAAGGAUGGACACCUCCAAUUCGCCGGCAGCGACUUGAUUGCCUGCCCCAACAGCAUUGACGGCGCUUGGUCUAUUUGGGCGGAUGCUGGCGUGGCCAACCCUGCUGGAAACUCGAACUGCGUUGGCAUUGCCGCUAGAGUCGAGUCGACUUCCAACCCUAACGGUUGCGUCUACACCCAGUAGGCAUGGUUGGAUUGAAUAAAUCGAUCUUUGCUUUGGAUGCCGAGACUAUGAAACGACAAAACA